AUGGCUUCUCAGGCCUUCGAAAUCUCAUCCGUCCCGCAGCUUGUCAGACUCGUUGCCAGAAGCUUGCAACCCACCUCGAUUGCAGACUAUGUGGCUCUGGUCAUUGCAGCUGUGGUUGUCGCAGGAUACCUGACUAGGGGGACGUUGUGGGAUAAGCCAGAUCCUUAUUAUCACAUCUAUUUCGAACGGCCCCAGCAACAAGAAGGCGCUGCAAACACGCAAGCCCAGGCGCAGCGCAAUAUCGCGAAGAAACUAUCCGAGACCGACAAACGAGCUGUGAUCUUUUGGGGUUCUCAGUCUGGCACAGCAGAACGCUUCGCUAAUCACCUUGCGAAAGAAGUGCAAUCACGGUUUGGCCUUGGUGCUCUCUCUGCUGAUCUGUCGGAUUACGAUUCGGAUUCUAUCGCCCAACUAUCUAACGGGCAACUGGCAAUAUUCAUCCUCUCAACGUAUGGCGAGGGUGACCCCAGCGACAAUGCCAAUGGCUUCUGGGACUGGAUCAACAGUAACCCCCCGGAUACACUUCCGGACCUGCAGUAUGCUGCCUUUGGUCUCGGAAACAGUAACUACAAGUACUACAACCGUGUGGUCGACGUUGUGGUUGAAGCAUUACAGAAGAAGGGUGCCACCCUUCUCCUGCCGGUGGGCAAAGCAGAUGAUGCAGAACGCUCCACCGACGAAGAUUUCCUUUCAUGGAAAGACGACCUCUUUGCCAUGUUCCGGAACAGACUCGGAUUGGAAGAACGACUGGUCGAGUAUCAACCGACGAUUGUUGUCACCGAAGACGACUCUUUAACACCAAUCGACCUCCACCAUGGCGAACCCGCCCAUUCUAGAGACAACCCCAAAGCUGCUGCGUCAUGCUCACCUAUUCGACCACUGUCAAUCACGAAUCCCCGCGAACUCUUCCAAUCUUCCGAGCGAAACUGUGUCCACAUGGAGCUCGACCUUGCAGAGCACCCUGAGAUCCACUACAAGACGGGUGACCAUCUUGCCGUGUGGCCCACAAACCCGGAAUCAGAAGUGGAAAUACUUCUCACAGCUCUUCAACUACAUGGUCGUCAAGACACUCCGAUCAGCCUCAAAUCCGUCGACGCUGCAACCAAGCUCCAAAUUCCAACCCCGACCACAAUUCACGCUCUCUUCCACAGAUAUCUCGAGAUUUGCGCCCCCGUGUCACGGAGCACCAUUCAAGGGCUUGCGGCGUUCGCUCCAUCGCCAGACGCGAAGUCGUGGGUCCUCAGGCUCGGCCAAGACAAGAUUUCCUAUUUGUCUUAUCUCAGGAAGAACCACCUGACACUGGGUCGUCUCCUCAAGCUUGCCAGUCCAGACGAACCGUGGGCACACCUGCCCCUGUCUUAUGUGAUAGAGGCUUUGCCUCUGAUGCAACCUCGCUAUUACUCGAUCUCGUCAAGUAGCGUUCUCAGCCCCAGAAGGGCCGCCAUAACUGCCCUUGUCGCAUCGGACAAUGUGCCUGAAAAUCAGAAGCAGAAGAUCCUCGGUGUGACUUCCAACUACCUUCUUGCCCUGUCGCAGUCACACUCCGGGUCGGUCGCCGCAGAGAUGCAGACAGAGAAGGCGCUUCGUCCACAGUACGACCUCUCCGGCCCAUCCAAUCUUCUGCAGGGCACCAAGCUCUUCGCCCACGUGCGCAAAAGCAAGUUCAAACUUCCUAUUCAAUCUGGCUGUCCCAUCAUCAUGGUCGCGGCCGGGACCGGAAUAGCCCCAUUCCGAGCCUUCAUUGCCGAGCGUGCAAAACUCCAUGCUAUAGGAAAGCCUAUCGGUGAGAUGAUCCUGUUCUUCGGAUGUCGUCGGCCGCACGAAGACUUUAUCUAUUGUGAAGAACUGGAGCAGACACAAGCUGCUGUGGGAAAAGAUGUGUUCAAGAUCGUCACGGCCUUUUCGCGGGCCCUGGGCCAAGAUAAAGUGUAUGUCCAGCAACGCGUGCGAGAACAUGGCAAAGAGGUUGCCACCUUGAUUGGGGAAAAGGGUGCCAGCUUCUACAUUUGUGGGCGCGCCUCGAUGGCGAGAGAAGUCGGGUGCAGCCUGGGUGAGACGAUGAAAGAGAUCAAGGGAUGGAGCGAUUCUGAGGUGAGGAGCUGGAGUGAAGGGCUCAAGCGAACGGGCAAGUGGAAGGAAGAUGUCUGGGGUUGA